GUGUUAAUGGAAUUACAAACGCCAAGUCAAUUGCUAAACUAGGUGCCAUAAUUGUAAAUAAUGGCCAACCCCUUAGUGAUGAUAGUAGUUCAUCAUCGUCUAGUGUUAGUUCUAAGCCUUUUCUUUCAAAGUCUACAGUUGACCUCAUUUCUACAAAAUUGCCAGUAACUUUUGACCAUGUUAUUUAUGCAAAUAUGACACCCUCAUUUGGUGGAUUUGCUUAUUUUAGAAUGCCUGGUAUUGAAGAUAUAGAAUUCCUGGGAUGGGGAGGAUACGGUGGAAGUUUAUUUUUAUGGAACCAGGAAUUAGGAAUCUCAUUUGGUUAUGCUAUGAACGCCUUGUGGCCUCCUAGUUAUGGCACAAUUAGUGAUCAAAGAGCAUGGAGUAUAUUAAAAGAAAUUGUGGAUGUUGUCAAAAAAUUAAAAAUAGAGCAAGCCUAA